CACGUGAAGUGCGGGAAAUAAACAACAAAGCGGACGGAAUCCGUGUGUAAUUAUGCAACAAAUGCUGUGUGAAAAGUGCCGAAUACUGCGUUAAUUUGAUGACAUUUAUGUGGAACGAGUGCCCUUAGCAGCAAUUCAUUGAAAUGUAUCGUUUGUUGGGUGCAAAUCGAGCUGUAGCCGUGCAAAAAGCACUGCGAGUGCCACCCACCGCCCACACAACAACAACGGUGUGCUGCGGCGGUGGAAAUGCGCCUUCAAAUUUCAUCCAUUAUCAGCAGUAUUAUCAAAUGCUAUACCGCCAAACACCGGCAGCGACAAUAACAGCAGCCACAACAACAACUAUACGCACGCAAACAACAACACCCACACAGGCAGAUGCACUGGCCCAGGCGAAAAAAAAACGAUUGCGCAAGCCGCGCUAUGCUAAAUAUGUGGAACUCCUGGAGGUUACCGAACAAGCAAUCAGCGAACGAAGAUCGCGGGUUAAGCGACUCAAGUCUAAAAAACUAGCCGACUUUAUACAGAAAGCCCAGCAACAAAUCCUAGAAAGGCGGGCCCGUGCUGAUCGCAAAGAUAAGAAGACCAAAGGCAUAUUGGACCUUAUGCAGCGUCAGCCUGUGGAGUAUCAAAAAGUCGAUAUGGAGGCAUUAAAUUGUUCUGUUCUGGAAUCCGGUAUAUACGAUGAUCGGCCUCUGCUCUUCUUCGGAAAGGAUGAGUACACUAAACAGGUCAUAUCCAAUCCCGAAGAGGUUCAAAAUAUUCUCAAAAGCUUUCACAACUUUCGGGAUAUCAUCGAGAGCAUGGGAAAUGAUCAACACGAAGUGGAUUUUGGGCUGACUAGCCCCAAAGUGCUGGCUGAAGAUUCUGAAGUCCUAGAUCCUUUCGAAGCUAUUGAGCCGUACAUUAAUCCUCUGGAAAAGAGCAAACCUGCUGUAACUGCCGUGUCCAUGCCUAACGCUAGUGCAGUCACAACCAAGUCCAAAAAACGCUUCAAGUCUAAGAUUCACGUUAACGAGGAGCAAGAGCGGUUGGCCAAACAGCGGGCACUGCAUAUGAACUUAAACACCUACCUGCACGUUUGUGUUUCAGCCAACAUGUUAAGUCGCGCCCUGUCCACCAUCAUUGCCUAUCGGGGAAGAGUGAAAAAGAGUACCUUGCCUCAUAUGAACGAAGACCUCAUCACCAUCGACCUGUACAAUAUCCUUCUGCACGGUUAUGCUGGCAAGGGAUCCUUUGAUCGAUCGCAGGAGCUUUUUAAGCUUAUCGAGGAGGAUGGUCUGACGUUCAACGAGCAAAGUUAUGCAGCUAUUUUCGAGUGCUUGGGGCGUCUGGAAUCAGAUGAGCAAAACCAGCAACUCAUAUCCAAAUAUAUAGCUCAAGCUGAGGAAGAGGGAUUCAGUUUAAAUCGAAUCAUGGAUAGGUCAAAAUUUGUAGCCGAUCAGAGGGAUAUUGCUUUGGAUGCUAUUCGACGUAUUCGACCGAAAUUUAAGCCUGUCUAUGUACCACCUCAGCUGGGUUACGACAAUGUACUGUUGGAUCAUCUCAACGAGCAUGUUUUACCUGUUGGAGCCGAGAAAAGCCCAGGAAAGAAGGACUUAGAUUAUGCUAUAAUGAACUCCAAGCGUGGCUACACCACAGCUCAACUGGAGCAGCUUGCAAGGGAGCAGCUCAAAAUCGAAUUGGAUGGCAGCAUUACCAUAAAGUCAAUCGAGAAAUCCAAGGAGUUCGCCAAUUCUGAGAAAUGCCGGGAACGUCUUAAGGAACUAGAGGAAACUUGGCGCAAACAAAUUUCAUCGGCCAUUGUGCGGGAUCUCAAUACGCUGCGCGCCCAGGUGCGCUUCAAGCCACAUGGCUUCAUGAAUUACUAUACAUAUCUGAAGACACUGGAUACUUCGCACUUUGCAGACAUUCUGAUCAAGGAACUGUAUAAGCUGGCCGAGGGAUCAGAAACAUUUAGUCCAACGGUGGGUCAGCUGUACAAAGAGCUUGGCCAGAAGGUACAACAGAGAUACCAAAUUGAGCAGAAGAAACACAAUGGCACGCUAGAGAAGAUUGGGGAAAUAUAUAGUUCAUACUGCGAUCUGUGGGACAGCGGAAAGUCUCAGGAUAACACAAGGCAGGCGUGGCAGCGCCUUGUGCAUGAUCAGCGAGAGAGUGGGCCUAGCAUGGAUCUACCAGAGGUGCCAUGGCCUUCAACGGUCUUGACCGGAGUGGGACGCUUUUUGUACAACAUUCUGAUGCGGGACAUCAAGAUCGACGCUCAUGUGAUGAGGCUGAAGAGCAAAACCAAAGCGGCUUCUCAGCCACAAAAUCUUUUGCCCGCCUUCUACACACUCUUCCGCAAUCAGGGACGUUUUGUUAAAGAAGAAGUUAAGCCACAUCCUGUUCUCUCCAGAUUAUUCCGAGCCUCACGCCAGCAGACACUUACGUUCGAUUCAAAUUUGGUGCCCAUGCUAUGUCCUCCGCAACCCUGGAGUACUCCUCAUAAUGGUGGCUACCUUCUUAACAAGUCUGAAUUGAUCCGCCUGCCUCACCAAGCCAUUCAACAAUGGGACCGGAUUAACGCUUCCAACCCACAACAUCUCUAUCCUGCUCUGGACUCUCUGAAUCAGUUGGCCAGUGUACCUUGGCGGGUAAACACGCAGCUGUUGGAUGUGAUUAUUGAGGUGUUCCAAAAUGGUGGCGAUGCGAAGUUGGAUGUUCCUCAACCGCCCAGUUCUCUGCCCCCACUUCCAACGUUGCCAACUAAAGAUGUUGAUGGCAACGCUACCUCAAAUGCAGAUCGUGCUAAGGAAUUCCGGGAUAAGCUUGGCCAUCGAAGAAAGCAGGCCGAGAUGUACAGCUUGUGGUGCGAUGCUCUCUAUAGGCUGUCAUUGGCCCAGCAUUACCGCGAUAAAGUCUUCUGGCUGCCGCACAACAUGGACUUCCGCGGACGUGUAUAUCCUGUACCACCGCAUCUCAAUCACUUGGGCUCUGAUUUGGCUCGCUCGAUGCUUAUCUUUGAUCAAGCCCAACCCCUGGGUGUUGAUGGUUUCAGUUGGCUGAAGCUGCAUUGCAUCAAUUUGACUGGUCUGAAGAAGCGGGACUCUGUAAGGGAACGUCUGUUGUAUGCGGAAGAAAUAAUGCCAGAUAUACUGGACUCUGCGGACAAUCCGCUUAAGGGGCGUAUGUGGUGGGCCAAAUCAGAUGAACCAUGGCAAACGCUAGCCUGCUGCAUGGAAAUCGCCAACGUGCAUCGCUGUCCCGAUCCCGCUGCCUAUCUAAGUCGGUUCCCUAUCCACCAGGAUGGAUCUUGCAAUGGAUUGCAGCAUUAUGCAGCUUUGGGUAGAGAUGAAGCUGGUGCUUGUAGUGUUAACCUAGCACCAUCGGCCGUUCCCCAGGAUGUUUACAGUGCAGUGGCUACGUUGGUGGAGAGGAGUAGAAAAACCGAUGCCCAAAACGGACUACACGUGGCAGAAGCACUAGCCGGAUUUGUGCGUCGCAAGGUGAUCAAGCAAACAGUGAUGACCACAGUUUAUGGAGUGACGCGUUAUGGAGCCAGAUUGCAGAUAGCACGCCAACUUAAAGACAUUGAUGAGUUCCCCAAGGAUUGGGUGUGGCCGGCGUCCACAUACCUUACAACAAAGACUUUUGAGAGCCUGCGAGAAAUGUUCACAUCGACGAGAGAAAUUCAGGAUUGGUUCACGGAGUGCGCCCGUCUGAUUUCCGGUGUUUGUAGUCAGAACGUGGAGUGGGUAACGCCACUGGGUCUGCCGGUAGUUCAGCCCUACAAUCGUCAAGAGAUGAAACACUCCCCUCGCACCGGGUUUAAGGUAACAGCAAACCAGCCGAUGGACAUGUACGAGAGACCAAACAUUCUGAAGCAAAAGAAUGCUUUCCCGCCGAACUUCAUCCAUUCGCUGGAUUCCUCGCACAUGAUGCUCACCUCGCUACACUGCGAAAGGCAAGGCAUUACAUUCGUUUCCGUACACGACUGUUUUUGGACUCACGCCAAUGCUGUGCCAGAUCUGAAUCGGAUGUGUCGGGAGCAGUUUGUUGCCCUGCACUCGCAACCCAUUCUGGAGCAGCUAUCUGAGUUUAUGCGUCAGACUUACAGCUAUCAAGAUAGUGACUUCACAAACGAUGGCUCCGUGGAGGAUCUGUCCAAGCGCCAGCUGAACCGUACACUUAAGCAACUGCCACAAAAGGGAGAUUUUGACCUGCGCAACGUACUCGACUCAGUGUACUUCUUCAGUUAGGAGAUACGACAUUUUCAACAGUGCCUAACCUUAAACGUAGUCAUUAGCUUUAUUUAAUAUACCAGUUAAAUUUGUUGAACAAUUCGGCUUUCAAUACCAAAAACAGAAAAAUACGAAAAACAGAAACUACAAAGGGCGAAAAGUGGAUCGACGCCAAAUGUGAUUUUGUAAACAUAAAUUACAUAAAAUUUAUUAAAAAUGCUUU